GGUCUUGAAGUCUUCAGGUCUUCAGGUCUUGAGUCUGUGUCUCUGCAGUGUCUCUGCCCUCGUUGGAACUGGGUUGUGGACUUGGUAUCACUCUGGUCCUGAUGCUGCUGCUCUUCGUGGUUUAUCAAGUCUUCUGGUUGGAGCUGCUGCUGCUGUACCGGUCCUGGUUCGGGACAGAUGAGCGGCACCUGG